AUGGAUAGGAUCAACAAUCUACCUCAUGAGAUCAUUUGCCAUAUCGUGUCCUUCCUCUCGGCAAAGGAGGCUGCUUUCGCAUCGGUUCUCUCAAAAAGGUGGCGGGAUCUGUUUACCAUCAUAUCAAAUGUUGAGUUCAAUGACUCAGUUAUGACUCCAAGGAGUCGUCUGUCGGAUUUCUUGAAUAGAGUAUUGGCUCUGCCUCUCAGUUCACGCAUAAGGAACUUCUCUUUAACAUGUCGUGUUCGUCGAACUCAUUAUGCUCUUGUCAACCGUUGUCUCUGUAAUGUGCUGAAGCGUGGUGUCUUGGACGUUAAACUAAACAUAAAGGUUGGAAAAGGAUAUCGCUCACUACCUUCUGAGGUCUUCACUUGCAAGACGGUUGUUAGCCUUAAACUUGGGACUGGUUUUGAUAUUGAUGUUUUCCCUGAGAAUGCUCUUCUUCCAUCGCUGAAGACUCUCGUUCUUGAUUCAGUUAAGUUCUAUGAUCGCUGUUGUGGUUGUGCAUUCCAAAAGCUUCUUUCUGCUUGCCCUGUGCUUGUGGAAUUAGUGAUGCGUGAGCUGGAAUGGGAACUUUGGGAAUGGUCUAGUUGUGUGUCCAGUCCGACCCUCGAGAGACUUACUAUUAGCCAUAAUUUGGCCUUGGGUGCGAACGAUUUGGAGAGCAUUACUUUUGAUAUUCCGAGUCUUACCUAUUUAGACUACGGUGAUUUCAUUCCGGGAGAAUAUCCAAUUGUUAAUCUUGACUCCGUUGUGGAAGCCAAGCUCAGUCUUGUUUUGACAUUGCCACUAAAUCACGCCUGGAUCAGCCAAUAUGCACGUCAUGGUGAUAUUAUAAGCGAUAUAAUCAAUCUGAUUAAGGGGUUAAGUAAUGUUAAGACCAUGAACUUAUCCUGUACUGACACUACGGGGGCGUUUUACUUCUCACGUGAAGCAUUGCCAGAGUUUAAAAAUCUGCAUUGUUUAUCUAUUGCAACUGAGCGUAAAGUGUGUUGGGGAACUCUGCCACAUCUGCUAAACAAGUCUCCAAAUCUAAAGACUCUCAUCAUUGAGGGUCCUGUGCACUACAAUUAUCAUAUGGGUGAUGGUUAUGAGUCUGAUGAGGUGAACUAUGAUGAUGAUGAGGAGUCGGAGUCUGACGAUGAUGAAUCUAUUUGUGAGUGCUUGUCGGACUAUUCUUUCCUAGAGUCAUGUCAGGUGAAAGUCCUAGAGAUAACCGAGUACAGGGGAACUAGAAGAGAGUUGGAGCACAUGAAACAUAUCUUGGAGAAAUUGGCAUCUCUUGAGCUCGUCAAAAUAUGUUCUAAUGAAACAGACGAUGAGGAACAGCUUCAACUCAGAACCAAUCUGUUAAAUCUUCCUAGAUCGUCUAAGUGCAAGAUCCAGUUUGAGUUUAUUCCUCCUGGUAGCUCCUUUGAGCAGGCCAUGUUUUGUUUUUCUAUUAGAUUGGAUUGUGUUUCUAGGAUUUUGUUCUCUUUUUGA